AACAAACCCAAAACUUAAAGUAAAAACUAUAGUUGCGUAUGAAUAUGAUUAUGGAUAGCGGUCAUUCACAUACCAUACAACGGGCAUCACCUGUACAGGAGUGCCCACAAGCCAAGGAUUUACAAAUAUCAACUACUCCACCAACACCACCCAAUGAUGAUAGUUAUCAGGGAAAUACAAAUAAUCAAUUAUCACCAAAGACCACCACCACAUCACCAACAACUAAAAGCACUUUGAAACGUUCAUUUGAUGUGGCAUUUCUAAUGAUGCCCGAUGAACGUUUAAAAAAUAAUCAAGUGGAAAAACAAAGACCUCAGCCACAAUUCUAUCAGCAAUUGAAUAAACAACCGGAAAUAACAGUAAAACAAGAUUUGCGACGGUAUCCACAAAUAAUGGUGAAAACUCCACGCAUCUAUGAUGAUCCGACGCUGGUAAUAAGUUCACCCGAAUGGGAAGCAACACCUUUAAGAAGUGCUUUUACCAAGGUUCCCUCACGUUUGGAAUCACCCGGCCAGCCCGCUCCUCCUUUGAGUCCAGAUCAGCUGAGCUGUUCUUCAAUGAGUCCUCCCGUCGCUACAACACCACCACGUUCUGCCAGCGCCAGUAGUAAUGACAUCAUAUCUAUUGACAGUUUGCCUUCAUCACCUACUAGCAUGUCGCCGAAUAUGGUUUAUCAAAAUUUUCGCCCAGAAUAUUCACCAAAUGGAGCUUUUCAUUCGGUCCAGACACUUCAAACGCAAAGACUAAAGCAACAAUUGCUCUAUCGUCCGAAUCUUAGUCAAGAACAACAGUCUUCAGGUCCACCACCACCUUCCAGUCCACCAGAGUUUUUCCCUGUUUAUCCAGGAUUUCCAUUUCCUCAUGGAGCUGGUAAUGUACCGCAUCCAUUUGCGGGUAUUCCUCAUCCGGAAUUGCCUAGAAUCGUGCAAAAUCCUGCUGCUGCCGCCAUACUCUCCACCCUGAUACCGCCUACUUUGGCCUCAACAUUCACACUUACGGCCCAGAAUGUAUGUGCGAAAUGUAAUAUUAGUUUCCGUAUGACUAGUGACCUGGUGUAUCAUAUGCGUUCUCAUCACAAAAGUGAAGUAGCGACGGAUCCCAAUCGGCGUAAACGCGAGGAAAAACUUAAGUGUCCCGUUUGUCAGGAAAGCUUUCGAGAGCGUCAUCACUUAACACGCCAUAUGACGGCCCAUCAAGACAAGGAAAGUGACCAGACCAACAGCACCCCCAAUAGUUCUUCAAAUAAUAGUUUUGCCGGCAAUAAUAGCUCUCGUCAUAGUAGUCAACGGCCUGCAGCUUACAACAAAUGA